CAGUUUUGACUGCGUGCCGAAAGAGAGGAAGAGAUCAGUGAACGUCGUUAAUUUUCUUUCCAUGGGAAAAUGUUUUCCCCAAAGCUCCUCAAUAUUAUCUUUAAAGGAUAAAGAGAUGAACAGGGCUGCGCUGAAAUCCGGUCCAGGAUUGUUGCGUCUUCAAAAUGAUUCCCAAAUUAAUUUUGAAUUUUAUCUCACGGGCAUGUGUCUUCAUAAGCGGCGCCGCAACUUUUUCUGGUCUGUUUAUGUUUCCAAUAUUUCAAAAAGCAUCAAAACAACACCUGGGCCAAACAUUUAAUAACAAGUUCAUUACUACUUGACAGUUCUACACUAUAAAUUGUCCAGCUUUGGUCAUCACGUUUAAUUUAGAUGUUUAGUUUUGAACGGUGGGACAUAAAAUGCUUCAGUGGAGGAAUGAAGUAUUUUGUUAAUAUUCCUAAUUCCAACGCAGUUGACUCCCAACCGAAGAGGACUUUCCAAUCUUCAUAUGAGAAAAUACAAGUCGAAGAGAGGCGGAGUCUGUUGGGUAUUUAAACUACAGUCACAGGUGGAUAACAAACAACUCAAGUCAUCAGUGGAGUCGACUGUACUGAUUGUAUCAGAAGACCAAUCUCAAAGAACCACAAUACAUAUCUUUUGCAAUUAUCCAGAUUUUGGACUCUAAGAGUCACAGGAAAAAAGGUGAGCUUUGGCCAUGGAGGUUGUCUGGCUACGCUGCUUGAUCCUGACGGCGGUAACGACACGGACGGGGGUGAUCGCGACGCACGCAAAGCAAACAAAAUGGCCUUUAUAUUCCGAGACACCGGUUCUCCUGGUUUGGAAUGCCCCCACGCAGGACUGCUUCCCGAGGCACGGUGUCACUUUACCCUUAGAGCAGUUUGAUAUCGUGGCCUCGCCCAACGAGGGCUUCGUCCGACAAAACGUGACCAUUUUCUACAAGGAGCGCCUUGGCCUUUACCCUUAUUACGAGCGCGAUGGCACUGCGGUUAACGGAGGCCUUCCGCAACUUGCAAGCCUGACCGAACACUAUGAAAAGAUGCCAGAGGGUGUGCAGAAAUACAUACGGGAGCCGGGGUCUAAAGGUUUGGCUGUUAUAGACUGGGAAGAGUGGCGACCCUUGUGGAUCAGGAACUGGGAUUCAAAAGACGUCUACCGAAGUAAAUCCCGCGAAAUGGUGCUUCAAAAGAACCCGACGCGGAGCCAGGAGCAAGCUGCAAAAGUGGCCCAGCAGGAGUUUGAGCUCUCCGCUCGUAAAUUCAUGCUGGAGACCCUGAAACUGGCAAAGAAUUUGAGGCCCAAUCAACUGUGGGGCUUCUACUUGUUUCCAGAUUGCUACAACCACGAUUACCGGAACGGUCUGAAAAACUACACGGGCCGCUGCCCCACGCUAGAGAUGGCCCGUAACGACCAGCUCAACUGGCUGUGGAUGGAGUGCACGGCGCUGUUCCCCUCCAUAUACAUGGGAUCCGUGCUACGGUCCACGCAUUACGGCCGCCUCUUCGUGCGGAACAGGGUGAAGGAAGCCAUGCGCCUGGCGUCUGUCGGGGACGGAUUGACGCGUCCGGUUUUCGUUUACGCCAGGCCUACUUACAUCAAUCAGAUGGCCCUCCUCACUGAGACGGAUCUCGUGUCCACCAUCGGCGAGAGCGUCGCGCUCGGAGCAGCCGGAGUCAUUUUCUGGGGGGACUCGUCCUACUCGAGCGACAGCAGCUGCUCGGCCCUCCAAGAGUAUCUGAACGGCGCGCUGGGCCGCUACCUCGUCAACGUGUCCACGGCGGCGCAGCAUUGCAGCCGGCUGCGCUGCAACCUGCGCGGGCGCUGCCUGCGCAGUCAGCCGGACGACAACGCGUACCUGCACCUCAGCCCGUCCACGCACAGCAUCGGCAGGCGGGGCGGCCGCCUGAAGGCCAGCGGCGAGCCCGGCGAGGCCGAGCUGGCUCUUUUCCGUCAACACUUCCGGUGCCAGUGCUACGCCGGUUUCCAAGGGGAGGCCUGUGCCGUGAGAGCGAAGGAGCCGAAUAAAGCCCCCAGUGUUCUCGGAACGUGGUCGCUUUGCUUCCUGCUCCCGCUUGGACUCAGAACUGUGCUACAGUAAGGAAAUAAAGCAACCCAAAAUACUCGCCGCUUGUGCCAAACAACAAAACAACAACAACAGUUUGGCUGUGUGACAUGAACUUGCAUCAUAAUGUUGUUGAAUCAGCAGUACCGAUAGAUUGUUCCCUUUCUUAAAGUAGUCAGCUUUUCCAAAUAUGUUCUUCUUUUUCAUUUCCCCUUGCGCCAUCCUCCGAGCAGACUCAUGCAAUUAUGAAUUCAGAUUUACAGGAAGUUCUGUGAUUGCUGGACCAAAUCCUGCAGCCGUUUUGCAGCGGCUCGUAAUUUUGUCAAAAAUCUUUACUUUCCUCUCUGCCAAUAUGUUCCAUGCUGUCCUUUACGCACUGUUUUCGUGAAACUGAUUUUCUUUUUAAUUUAAUUUCUUCGUACUGGAAACAGGAGGGGCGGCACGGUGGAUCACCCGGUAAAGCGUUGGCCUCGCAGUUGUGAGGACCCAGGUUCGAUCCCGGCCCCGCCUGCGUGGAGUUUGCAUGUCCUCUCAGUGCCUGUGUGGUUUUUCUCCACCCACUCCGGUUUCCUCCCACAUCCCAAAAACAUGCAACAUUAAUCGGACGAUCUAAAUUGCCCAUAGGUGUGAUUGUGAGUGCGACUCUUUGUCCCUAAGUGCCCUACGAUUGGCUGGUGACCAGUUCAGGGCAUACCCCACCUCCUGCCCGUUGACAGCUGGGAUAGGCUCCAGCACGCCCCGUGACCCUCAUGAGGAUAAGCGGCAAAGAAAAUGGAUGGGUGGAAGCAUUGUGCGUAAAAAUACCUGCACUUUUGUGUGUUUACUUCUCGCAGACAGUUAACACGUUUCAAUGUUGCUCAAUCACUUUGUCUACAUUUUGAACCUUUCAUUGUGCCAGAAUGUUCUACAUUAUUGCAAAACUAUACAGAUAUUUUUUUAAAUAUCUAAUAGCAGUUUACAUUUUACAUAACACAUCAGCAUUUUCAUUUUGUCUUGUAUGGAAACAAUAACCCGUCGACCCCGUGAUCCACCAAUUGAAUUUACUUCAGCAAAUGACAUUUUUGUUUCUUGAAUUCUACCUUUGUUAAAAAAAAAAAAAAAUAACUAAACAAACCAACACCAACAAAAAAAAGGAAAACAUGGCUAUUUAUGAUUUUCAAUCAUCCCAAUACAAUGUGGCUGGACCUGUAAAAGGAAUGAUGUUGCGGUCACGAGUUUCUUUAUGUUUACAGGCGCCAUUAAUGGAAAUAUGAAUGCAGUGUUCAUCUCAGCCUUCUUUCGGUUUACAAUAUCUUGUAACAAUCCAAACGCCUUUCAGUUUUUCAAAGGAGAAUGUAUUUUGAGGAAGAAAUUAAAAGUUAUUAAGACUUUAGAUGAUUAAUUUAAAUGAUUUUCUGUGUAGGUGUAAGACUUUAGAAGAAAUGUAAUGCAUCAUGUAGGCCUGCUUUGAAAAAAAAAAACAUUUUUUUUUUUUUUGGACCUGUAAAUUGUAGCACUUGUAUCAUGAGGGUUCUAUUUCAAGUGAAGUGCUUGCAUGUUUCCUGACUUGAGUUUCUGCAAAUUCAGAUGCGCCGACAUUAUCGACCGAAACUACACCAUCAUACAACAGACAUAUUUUAAGUUUUUGUUGGCUUGAGCUGGCUAGACAAUUUAUGUAUACAAUUCUCAAUGCCAAUCGGAAAAUGUAUUUAGCCUCCUGAAUGUGUUGGGGGUUACAUGGAAUAUCACAAAUGCUAUGAUGCAACAGAAUGUUUACAAUGCUGCAAACUUUAUGGAAUUCUGCACUUUAACGUUUUUCUGUUGAUCUAGAAGCUGCUGCGUAGAUUUUGGACGGGGGACUUCAAACAGCGCAUUGUAGUCUGGUCUCUCGUUCGGUAUUUUUACAUUGUUUCGUGAGUUUAAUUGUGCUCAAAUACAUUGUUGAAAACUUUUGAUUACAUGUUUUUAAUGCAGUAUCUGACUAUUAAAUGUUCUUAUUUCUUCGGGUACUUUCAUUAUUAUUUUUUUACAUUAAAAAGAAUUUGGAU